AUGAUAUCUAAAACCGCCUUAAAUGUCAUAAGUCGUUCUAUUCUGUCAUCUUUGACAGCCACUUCAUAUAUAAUUCCACAUUUACUUGAGAUACAAAAAAAUCAACAUAAAAUGGAUAUUCUACGUCAAUUUCAAAGUAUACCUUGGUGCAAACCUGACUGGUGCUACCCUAGCAUGGGCAAAGAGAUGAAUGACCUACUAAAGCAAUGCAUAGAUUUGCCAGAAGCUAAACUGAAUGACGAUGUCAGUGAAAUUAUACAAAGGAGCAAGGAGUUUCCUGUUCCAUUUCCCGUUGAUACUGUCAGAUUAGAAAAACUCAGAGAAAGAAAGCCAUUAGAGAGAUUAAAAAGAAACAUUGUGUCAACAUAUCCAAUUAUACACGAGAGAGUACUGCUUUUAAUGACGCAUUUUCUUAUCUAUAAAAGAGAGUUUGGUUCAUCAAUAGAAAAAGCUCUGUACAACAAUAUGACAGUGCCUGAAUUUAUUGAUAGGUUAUUGAAGAAGCGUGCUGUAACGUUUAUGUCCAAGCGAGAUACUUACAAGUUACUGACUGGUGAAAAUGGGAAUGACGGCUGGGAACAAAUAGGUACAUUACAGCAGAAGCCACCAUUAGAACUGGACAAUUGCUUAAGUUACGAUGAGAUCAAACUCAGUGCUAUGGUGUAUGUGACUGGUUACACAGAGUGCAUUAACAAUGGGAACAGAGACAAUAAAGCUAUUGUAGAUGAAGAUAAUGUGGAGGAAGAAGCUGUUAUAAUUGGUCUUGUUGGCCCACGAUUCGAACGUCCCGAAAGGAUGGAGUAUGAAGAUAUAUUAAUAACGGAGCAACAGAACACAUUGGAGAACGGAUACGGCGAAGAAGUUACGCCGACCACUUGCCUUAACGUUCUCAAGACUACGUAUGUCAAGAAUAACCAGUCCGCUAAGCAUAUGUGGAGGCAGAUUUGGUCAGAGUUCUAUCAAGUGCACAGUUACACUCACCAAGAGCUUACGUCAUAUGUAAACAUAACAGACAAACCCGACGACAAGAAGUACCUAGAGCGAUACGUGAAGACUCCCAGGGGCAUAUUCGAUAACAAAGUUUACUAUAAGCGGAUCAGUGUCUUGGCUGAAUGUUCUCUGCUUGAAGCCGAGUGGAGGGGGAGAGAGGGGGAUGGGAGGGUGUUCUUAAACGUCAUUGGUUGUGGAUUAGGUGUUUGGAAAGUGAGCACCCACCAAACGGAUGUAUACGUUUUAACGUUCCUGGAACGAGUCCGAGCAUUUCUCAAGAAGGAUCUCUUGAACCAUGUUUCUGACGUCAAUUUCUCGUAUAUAAAACCGACCAAAUCAAUACUAGAUUUAUUUAGUCGUAAGUCUGGAUCAGGGGAUUCCCCUACAGAAAAAAGAAUAUUCUUUGAGAGCAAACGUCAUCCACAAGGUGGCAUAAACGUGCAAAUUGAAAAACGUGAACCGUCCGCAAAGUUGACAGGUGAACACGAAGGGAAACUUCUAGUGUUGACUUAUCCUUGGGAUGGCAAUGCACAUCCCGGCAACGAAUUCUGGCUUGGCAGUCUUCAGGGGUCUGGUGACCCAGCUGCGGCCUGUUCCACCCAAGUAGCAGAGCUUCACAACGCACACAUCAACCCCGCUGUAUCUGGUUAUAACACGAGGGUAGUCGGACGAAACGGCCUACAAACACUGUCGGAAUAUUGUGCAGAUUUGACCACUUAA